AUGAAACACCUCCCAGACGAGCUCAUCCUCCACAUCAUCUCAUACCUCGAACCCUCGGAACUCGUCAACCUCCAACACGUCUCACGCCACUUCCUCAACCUCUCCCGUGACAACAAUCUCUGGAAGUCCCUCUGCUUCUCCCACUCGGCCGCCGAGCGCCGUCGCCGCCGUCUGGAAAUCUCCCCUCCCGAUAUCGAUCCCCGCCUCGCCGAGCUCAUACGCGCCGCCGAUACCCUUUCCAACACCUUCGAUACCUCUGUACACGAUGAGAAUGCUCCGAGUGCUGAGUCACAAGUUGAGCGCAAUCAGGAGAAGCGGAGGCAGGCGUUGAUCGCGAAUUGGGAUCCUAGUUAUCCUGAUGAGACGGUUAAUUGGUACCAGGAUUUCAUACAGCGGCAUGCGGAGCAGAAGAUUAGUUGGUUCCAGGAUGCUGGGAGUGACAAGGAGAAUGAUGAGGGGAGUCUAAGAAGGGAGGCUACCGGUGCAGGCAUAUUGUUCGACAACGAUGGCUUGGCAGAUAAACUUGUCGCUCCUCUCGACGACGGCAGUAUAAGCAUAUGGGACGCCUCAGCCAGCAGCGAUCGACAAGGAAAAUUGAUAGCGAGAAGCGACAUUGGAUUGCUUCCUGGCAGAGGCUCAGAUUUAGACUACGACACGCGCCUCACGCAAAGCCAUGCCAUCAUGACAGAAACAGGUGCCGUGGAAUGCGUGAGCAUCGACAGCAAGCUCCACAAAGGCUUCUUCGCUGUGCAAAACACUCUGAACGAAGUCGAUCUCAACACCCUUCAGAUCGUGUCAAGGACACCGUACCCCUUCCCCAUAACCGCCCUGAGCGAAGCACACCACAACACCCCCUUGACAAUCGGAACGAACUGGACUCUGCAUCUCCACGACUCCCGAAAACCCCCUCUUGCGCCUUCCUCAGUACAUUGCGAGCUCAUCGGCGGUGCUACUCCUUCCAUCUCCUCGCGCCUCGACACGGGUGACCUCCACGGCCACGUCUCACUCUCCCAGCCGGGCGCGCUAUCCAUCCUGCACCUCCCCACCACACGCGACUGGGAUGGAAACGGCGAUAUCUGGGUCGCGGGCCGCUUCACAUCGAUGUUGAACUUCGAUCGUAGAUACUUCCCCCGUCUCCGUGGUACCGUUCACUCCGGCGCAAGACUAUCUUGUUUAACAGCGAUUCCGCAUCCCUUUGUGCCCAUGAGUUUGAGGCUGGGAAAACCAUACUCGAACGCUGCGCUACUCCGAGAAACAAAGAGCUUACCAGGGUACACUUUGAUCGCCGCGGGUGAAUACAAGGGUAAAGGGUCAUUGGAACUCUACGGUUCAUCAACGGAACCCACACGCAGUAUUAAUUCAAGCGAUAGCCGCACAACGACCGGUAGUAAUUCGAAUAGUCGUUAUUAUCAGAAUCGACAGACGGCUAGUAGUUCGAAAUUACUUUCCGUUGCGCCUCAAGGUACACGACUGGUUUUUGCCGACGGGGAUGGAAAUUUGAAAUGGGUGGAACGAGAUGGGUCGACGCCGGUUCGCCAGUUUAACAUUAAUGACUUUCAACGCUGUUCCAACUCUUCGGAUAUGGAUAUGGCGACGUCGACUCAUCAACACCACCACCACCACCAUCACCAUGGCAACCUGGUAAACGCGACUCCGGACUCGGAAGCUAGCUGGGGCGAUAUUGUGCAGAAAAUUCUGCCCACGACGAAUCCUUCUUUACUUGCACCUUACGCCCCUUUGUCUACUACCGAGGGGCUUGGUUUGAAUAACCUUGUUCUGUGGACUGGAGAUGGGAAGUUGGGCUUGUUGGGCUUUGGCAGGGAACCACCCAUGGCGAGGGAUGUUUUUGAAGAUGCGCUGGAGAGGCAGGGUGAUGAUGGUGGAGGGGAGAAGCUGAGGGAGAGACAGUAUGGAGUGGAGAUGAGGAGGGCGCUUGAGUUGCAGGCUAGGGAGCUAAGGUGGUUGAGGGGCUAUGGACUUUAG